CUGGAAGAUGAGAGUUGCUUCGAGAUCAAGAAGCUCCAACGAUUACAUACUUAUCCUGCUACUUAUUAGGCUCGGAUUAACACUCACGCACUAGUUCCAACCAUGUCUGCGCCUACAAUCCUAGAAAAAAUCUAUACCCAGCGACAAAAGGACGUCGAAGUCGCGAAAGCAACGCCUGGGACUAAACCGGAAGACAUUCAAACUUAUCUGGACAUGGGCCUUGCCCCAACUCAGAUUUCCUUAGUUCCUCGACUCAAGUCAAAUCCAUCUAUCGAUACCGCCGAGCCAUCGCUCUCUCUUAUGGCCGAAAUAAAGCGUGCUAGUCCAUCCAAGGGCGAGAUUGCGAUGAGCACGAAUCCAGCGAAGCAAGGACUUAUCUACGCCUUAGCUGGCGCAUCGGUCAUUUCUGUAUUGACAGAGCCAACAUGGUUCAAAGGGUCCCUCCUCGAUAUGCGUCUGGUCCGUCAGGCGGUCGAUAAACUACCUAAUCGACCCGCUAUCCUUCGCAAAGAGUUCAUUUUCGAUGAAUAUCAGAUUGCUGAAGCACGUCUGCACGGCGCAGACACUGUGCUUCUCAUUGUGGCCAUGCUUACUCAAGAACUGUUGGCUAGUCUCUAUGCGUACUCGGUGUCUCUUGGCAUGGAACCUUUGGUCGAGGUAAAUAAUGCCGCAGAGAUGGCCAGGGCACUCGGGCUGGGAGCAAAAGUUAUCGGAGUGAAUAAUAGGAAUUUGCAUAAUUUUAACGUAGACAUGGGCACGACGAGUAGAUUGGUGGAUAUGGUGAGGGAGAAGAACGUGUUGUUGUGUGCUCUGAGUGGUAUUUCGGGACCUCAAGAUGUGAAAGUAUACAAGGACCAAGGGGUGAAUGCUGUAUUAGUCGGUGAAGCACUGAUGAGAGCGGCGGAUACAACUGUGUUCAUUCGUGACUUGUUGAACUGGCCACACAAUGGAUGAAAGGGAAGAUUUAUUUUUCGAAUAUCGAUACUUAGUCUCAUAAGUGUUGUACAUUGGUAA